UGGAAAGGUAGAAGGCCAGCCCAAUGGUGACACAAUCCCAGCUGAGCAAGCCAACCCUUCAGAUGACACUGUUGCUGGUGCUGGGAGUCGUCAGAAUGAUCAGAUAGUGCAGAAAAUAGAGGAAGUGCUCUCUGGAGCCCUUGAUACAGAGCUGCAGUGCAAAUCAGAUGUAGACAAAAAUACUGUGAAAAAUAGUACUCAGUCUACAAAAAGAAGCUCUACUGCUCAAGAUGAAAUUCCUAGGAAAAAAUCAAAGAAGAACAAGAAACACAAAAGCAAGAAGAAGAAGAAAAAGAAGAAGAAAAGGAAGAAAGAGAAAAAGCAUAAAAAGCAGCCAAAGGAGUCAAAGCUGAGCACACGUCAUGGAGAACAUGCAGACUUGCAGCCUGCUUCUCACUUGAUGCCAGAGAAAUCAAGCUCCAAAUUGAGUGUACAGCAUGGAGGAUUUGGAGAUGCAAAUCUGGCUGUCCACAUGCAGCCAGAAGAACUGUGCUUAACAGCAAGUGAGGAGCCUGAUAGACAAGCUUUAGGACUUGUUUCUCAUUCAAGAACUGAUUCUCAGCAAUCUACAGAAAAUCUUGGAAGUGAGAAGGGGACUUUGUGUGCAACAAAUCCUCCAUUUAAUUUAGAAGGCAGCCAAUCUGAUAUCCAAGAAAGUGCUACUAUGACUCAAACUAAAAUUUGCACUAGAGCAGAACAAAUUAAACAGGCUCAAGAAAAUAUUUAUCCUAUAGCUAUUAAUGUGACUGAAAAGGGUGUUCUUGUUGAUACUGGAAAUGAGACUUCAUCUAGCAUCCCAUCUGGAGUUGCCAAUAAAUCUGAAAUUCAGAAAGAUUCAGCAGCAGCUUUAGCUUCAGAGGUAAUAGAAGCACUAAAAGGUUCAGAAGUUAUUCUGAAAUCUAAAGGCACUGGGGAAGUAAAAGCUUUGGGUACAGCUCUUGAGUCUGAGACCAUGGAGGUGUUGAAAUAUUCAGAAGCAUCUCUACAAUCUGUGGCACAGGAGGGAGCAAAAGAGUUAGAAGCAACUUCAGAAUCUGUGUCUUUGGCAAGUGAUGUGGCAACAAUUCCUAAAUCUGCAAAUCAGGCAGAUCUGAAUACUGUGAAGGUGGAAAUAACAAGUGCCAAAACACCCCUGGGACCAGGAGCUGUUACAAAAGUGAAGGAUACUGAACCAGCUAGAAGUUCUGCGCAUGUGGAAGACGUGAAAGCUUUGGAAGAAGCUCUGCAGCCAAUUGCUGUAGUAAAGCCCAAAACUUUGGAAACAAUCCUGGAACCUGCGGGUGUUAUAGCAAAAGAUGUCAAAGCAGCUCGAGAAUGUCUGCAAGUUGAAGUAGUUAAAGAUAUGGAAGGUACCAUGGAUCCUGCAACAGUGCUGAAUGCAUCAGGAGUGUUCCUACAACCUAAAGUCUUGACAGAAACAAGAACCCAGGAAUCUGCACUUCCAGCAGAAUUGACAGAUGUGAAUGUGGUUGCAGAGGCAAAAUGUUUAAGAGCAACUUCAGAACCCGUAGCAGUUGUGCAGACCUUCGUUCCCCAAACAACUCCAGAAAUCCAGAUGGCGGACCUUUUUAAAGGUCCACGAGCAACCGUGGAAGUUGCAGUGCUAACAGGAGUAAAAGGUCAAGAAACAAGUCAAGCUACUCUGCAACUGGAAAAUACUAAUGCUUCAAAAAUUUCACAAUUUACUCUCAAGCCUGUAGCUGUAACAGAGGCAAAAGAUUCGGAAGGUUCUUCGUUACUGAGACAACCGGAGGAGCUGAGAGAAUCAAGAUCUGAGAGUGAAUCAAAUGUGAGAGGUUUGGAAGCAACUCCCCUGUCUUUGCAGAAAGAAGACGUGAAAGGUCCAGGAGGAGUCCUAAGACCAAUGGCUGUGGUGGAAGCAAAAACUUUGGAAACAGCCUCGCUGUCUUUGCAGAUGGAAGGUGUGAAAGCUUCAGAAGAAGCUGUGCAUUGUGGGACUGUGGCCAGAGGUUUAGCAGCAACACUAGAUUCAACAGCAGUGUCAAAAGGUUCAGAAAUAAAUCUAGAUAGUAUGGCAGGAGUAGAAGCAGGCUCAGAUGUCAGUCUCCUAGCUAUGAAAGUCGGAUCUGUGAGACCAGGAAAAAGUUUGGAAACAACUAUAGGACCUGUAGCAGAGACAGAAAGGAAAGAUUCAGAAGCAGACCUUGACAGAGCCGGGGCAGAGAUGAAGACAUCUUCAUCACACCUGCACGUGAAAGGUCUGAGAGAUUUAGGCGAUCCAGUGUCUGUAGGUAUGGCAAAGAUACAAGCUUUGGAAGCAGUCUUGCAGCCUGGAACCCUUGCAGUGGCAAGGGGCUUAGGAGAAAAUGUGUGUUCUGAAGCCAAAAUGGGUAGCAAAGUCUUGGAAGCAAGUCCAGGACUUCUUGCUUUAGAAGAAAGGUCAGAAAGGACUCCUGAACCUGUGGUUGCACGUGUAAGCAUAGAACCAGUUAGAGAGUCCGAGGCAAUGCAUUUGAAAACCACAGCAGAGAGAGAACCAAAACAUGCAGAAACAGUUGCAGAACCUCUUGGUGCAAGCAAAACAAAGAGUUCCAUCAUUUCACAGUUUCAGGUCAUGACACAUACAAGAACCUCUCAAACUGAGGUGGUAGGGGAGAUAAAGGAUUUUGAACUAGCUACCGGUUCUGCCACUGUAGAAGUGAGAGGUUUAGAGAACUUGCCGGAAGUUGAAGAGAACCAAAACAUGCAGAAACAGUUGCAGAACCUCUUGGUGCAAGCAAAACAAAGAGUUCCAUCAUUUCACAGUUUCAGGUCAUGA